CGAGCCGUCCAUGGUGCAGCGCAUGUGGGCCGAGGCGGGCGGCGCCGAGCCGCUGUUCCCGGGCUCCCGGCGGAGCCGCAGCGUGUGGGACGCCGUGCGCCUGGAGGUGGGCGGCCCCGACAGCUGCCCGGUGGUGCUGCACAGCUUCACGCAGCUCGACCCGGACCUGCCGCGCCUGGAGAACUCCACGCAGGAGAUCGGUGAGGAGCUGAUCAACGGGGUCAUCUACUCCAUCUCCCUGCGCAAGGUGCAGCUGCACCACGGAGCCAGCAAGGGGCAGCGCUGGCUCGGGUGUGAGAACGAGUCGGCCCUGAACCUGUACGAGACCUGCAAGGUACGCACCGUGAAGGCGGGCACGCUGGAGAAGCUGGUGGAGCACCUGGUGCCUGCCUUCCAGGGCAGCGACCUCUCCUAUGUCACCAUCUUCCUGUGCACCUACAGGGCCUUCACCACCACCCAGCAGGUCUUGGACCUGCUGUUCAAAAGGUACGGUAGAUGUGACGCCCUCACGGCCUCCUCUAGAUACGGAUGUGUCCUCCCCUACUCCAGCGAGGACGGCGGACCCCAGGACCAACUCAAGAACGCCAUCUCCUCCAUCCUGGGCACCUGGCUGGACCAGUACUCGGAGGACUUCUGCCAGCCUCCGGACUUCCCCUGCCUCAAGCAGCUGGUGGCCUACGUGCAACUCAACAUGCCCGGCUCGGACCUGGAGCGCCGGGCGCACCUGCUGCUGGCCCAGCUGGAGGACCCGGAGCGUGGGGACCCUGAGCCCGAGGCUCUGUCGCCGGCUGCGGUGCCAGCUCUCGCGCCCAGUCCCGAGCCAGAGGCGGCACCUGCACCGGUCCUGGACCUGCAGCCCGCCCCGGCGCCCGCCGCAGAGCUGGCCGCAGAGCUGGAGGCAGCUCUGUCGCAGACCCUGGAGCUGGACGCGGCUCCCGGCCCAGGUCCACCCUUAGAGCCUCCCUGGGUGGCUGCCGAGGACGGGCUGAGCCCGGAGAAACCGCGCCUCCUGGUCUUCCCGCCCGAGCUGGUGGCCGAGCAGUUCACGCUGAUGGACGCGGAGCUGUUCAAGAAGGUGGUGCCAUACCACUGCCUGGGCUCCAUCUGGUCGCAGCGGGACAAGAAGGGCAAGGAGCACCUGGCGCCCACCAUCCGCGCCACCGUCACCCAGUUCAACAGCGUGGCCAACUGCGUCAUCACCACGUGCCUCGGGGACCGCAGCAUGAAGGCGCUCGACAGGGCCCGGGUGGUGGAGCACUGGAUUGAGGUGGCCCGGGAGUGUCGGCUCCUCAAGAACUUCUCGUCGCUCUACGCCAUCCUCUCGGCACUGCAGAGCAACGCCAUCCACCGGCUCAAGAAGACGUGGGAGGAGGUGUCCAGGGACAGCUUCCGAAUCUUCCAGAAGCUGUCGGAGAUCUUCUCGGACGAGAACAACUACUCCCUGAGCAGAGAACUGCUCAUCAAGGAGGGGACCUCCAAGUUUGCCACCCUGGAGAUGAACCCCAGGAGAGCCCAGAGGCGGCAGAGAGAGAUGGGAGUCAUCCAGGGGACUGUCCCCUACCUGGGCACCUUCCUCACCGACCUGGUGAUGCUGGACACAGCCAUGAAGGACUAUCUCUAUGGGCGGCUGAUCAACUUCGAGAAGAGAAGGAAGGAGUUCGAGGUCAUCGCACAGAUCAAGCUGCUGCAGUCGGCCUGCAACAACUACAGCAUUGCGCCCGAGGAGCGCUUCCGGGCCUGGUUCCGCACCGUGGCCCGGCUCAGCGAGGCCGAGAGCUACAACCUGUCCUGCGAGCUGGAGCCGCCGUCCGAGUCGGCCAGCAACACCCUCAAGGCCAAGAAGAACACGGCCAUCGUCAAGCGCUGGAGCGACCGCCAGGCCCCCAGCACAGAGCUCAGCAGGAGCGGCAGCUGCCACUCCAAAUCCUGCGACCAGCUCAGGUGCGGCCCCUACCUCAGCAGCGGGGACCUGGCUGAUGCGCUCAGCGUGCACUCGGCCGGCUCCUCCAGCUCCGACGUGGAGGAGAUCUCAAACAUGAGCUUCGUCCCCGAGUCCCCGGACGCACAGGAGAAGAAGUUCUGGGAGUCCACCUCCCAGUCGUCCCCAGAGACCUCCGGCCUCAGCUCGGGCUCCAGCAGCACCUCGUCCUCCUCGGCCUCCACCACCCCCGUGGCCGCCGCGCGCACGCACAAGCGCUCCGUGUCGGGGGCCUGCAGCUACAGCCCCUCCCCGCCGCUCUACAACCAGCAGGUGGGCGACCGCUGUGUCAUCCGCGUCAGCCUGGACGUGGACAAUGGCAACAUGUACAAGAGCAUCCUGGUGACCAGCCAGGACAAGGCUCCGACGGUCAUCCGCAAGGCCAUGGACAAGCACAACCUGGACGAGGACGAGCCCGAGGACUACGAGCUGGUUCAGGUCAUCUCAGAUGACCGCAAGCUGAAGAUCCCCGAGAACGCCAACGUGUUCUAUGCCAUGAACUCGACCGCCAACUACGACUUCAUCCUGAAGAAGCGGACCUUCUCCAAGGGGGCCAAGCUCAAGCACGGGGCCAGCUCCACCCUGCCCCGCGUGAAGCAGAAAGGACUCAAGAUCGCCAAGGGCAUCUUCUAAGGACGCCUCCCCGGGGACCGGCCGGGCACCGGCAGACUGGACUGGCUCAGGCCCAGCAGGUGCCCCGUGCCCGCCCCAGACGCGUGUCACCUGGCCCCCUCCCACUGCCGGGAGUGACGCCCGCCCGCCGCGGGCUGACCUGGCCUCCGGGGGCCACUCGCUGCCUUAGGUGCCUUGUGCUCUCUGGAACCAGAGGAGCCCUCCCAGGUGCGGGGCACCCCAGGGCACCCUCACCCUGUGGGUCAGACCACUGCCGUUCUCUCCUCGUGCCCACGGGCACUGGCCUGCGACCCUCGAAGGGGCCCAGCCCCUCCUGCCACCACCGUGGCCUUCCCCGGGCUGCACCAAAGAUCCCACCGUCGGGGCUGAGUGAGAACGAGGGGCUCCCGCCCACCGCACACCCGGCCCCUUCGCAGCAGGGGAGGGGGAGACCCUCUCGUGGACCACUCCCGUGGACGGUCCCACUGGUGCAAAUCUCAAGCCACUGCAAGUGCCACUCACCACUGCAUCCUGGGCCAGCCGAGACCACAGAAGACGGGAUUCGUGGGGGUGGGGGAGGGCCGUGGAGUAUUUGUAUAAAAAAGCAAAAAUGUUUACCAUGGGGGGGGGCGAUAUUUAUUUGAUGUAAAUAGUAAAUGCUAGACUUGAAUAUUAUAUUAAAAUCCUGUUUCUUACGAUAGCCUGGUGGUC